GUGGAAUUCUUACCCACGGGGAAGUCGGCAGUAUCCUUAUCCCGUUGAGCUGGUCACCGGAUGUCAGCAUGGCCACUGCGAACCUGGAGAACCAGCUGCACAGUGCGCAGAAGAACCUGCUCUUCCUGCAGCGGGAGCACGCCAGCACGCUCGCAGGGCUGCACGCCGAGAUCCGCCGGCUACAGCAGCACUGCACAGAUUUAACAUAUGAGCUGACCAUCAGAGGCUCUGAACAGACAGGCGAUGGCUCUUCCAGGAGCAGUGAGCUGAAGAGGCGCUGUGCCGAGCUGCAAGCCCAGCUGCAGGCCAAGGAGGAGGAGAACGAGGAGCUGCUGAAGGAGCUGGAGCAGAAGAGCGCCAUGAUGGCUGUGCUGGAGAACACCAUCCGCGAGCGGGAGAAGAAGUACCUGGAGGAGCUCAAGGUGAAGAGCCACAAGCUGGGCCUGCUGUCGGCCGAGCUGGAGCAGCGGGCGGGCACCGUGGCCUACCUCACCUCGCAGCUGCACGCCGCCAAGAAGAAGCUGCUGAGCUCCAGCGGCACCUCGGACGCCAGCCCAGCCGGCAGCCCCCUGGCCAGCUACAAGCCGGCGCCCCCCAAAGACAAGCUGCCCGAGACGCCCCGCCGCCGCAUGAAGAAGAGCCUCUCGGCCCCGCUGCACCCCGAGUUCGAAGAGGUCUACAGGUUCGGGGCUGAGAGCCGCAGACUGCACCUGCGAGAGCCGGUGGACGCCAUGCCCGACCCCACCCCGUUUCUGCUGGCCCGGGAGUCGGCCGAGGUGCAGCUCAGGGAGAGGCCGCUGGUCAUCCCACCCAUCGCCUCGGACCGCGGGGCCAGCGGGCAGCAGAGCCCAGCCCGCGAGAAGCCACAUAAGGCCCACGUUGGCGUGGCCCACCGCAUCCACCACGCCAGCCCGCCGCAGGCGCAGCCCGAGGUGGAGACGCUGGCAGUGGACCAGGUGAACGCGGGGAAGGUCGUGCGCAAGCACUCGGGGACGGACAGAACUGUGUGAAGCCCGCCGGCCAGCCGCGCCGGCCACGCACUGUGAGCCAGGGGGCCGCGCCACCUCCCCCACGCAUGCCAGACAGCUUCACGUCCGCCCCACAGCACCGCGCCCGCCGCCGCUCGCUUCCAGCCCCCAGCCACCAAAGUACACGCCUCAAGUACACGGGCGGAGCCAUGUGUCCCCCUCCCCGCCCCAGGGCGGCCUGUGCCGAGCAGGGCCCCCCGCCUGGAGCCCCACCCCACCCCAGGCGGCACCGGCGCCACCGCGCAGCCAUAUGUAUGUCCCAGGAGCUAAAUAAGAUGACGUUUCUCCUCACGUCGCACAACCCCAACGUGUGCUCAUAUUUUCUUUGUUAGUAGUAUCCAGAAUGUUCAAGAUCCCAACAAACUUUAUUUUCUAAACCUGC